AGCAGAAGAAGACGAAGACGAAGACGAAGAAGACGACAACGACGACAACAGCUAGGCACUUGAAUGGACCAAUUUGCUAUCAUAUCAGUGUGCCGUGUGAAUGAUUACACUAUGUGAAACAACGUGGUGUCAGAUGCAGAGCACCAUGGGUCGGAGCAGUAGCAGCACCAUCUCCUACAGUGUUCCAGUGGUGGUGUUAUGCCUUGCUGCUUUACUCCUCAGCAACAUAUUGCUCUACCUGUACCUGGACUCUGUGUAUCAGACUAAUGAACAGCUGCUGGCCUCUUAUAUAGGCUGUACACCUCAAAACUUUAAAAUGACGACCAUGAAAAAUUGCACCCCCUGGCUUCGAUGUUCACAGAUAGAUGCCGAAGUACACAAGUUGAGGCUCAUCGGCCAGGGAGCAGUUAAGAAGGUCUAUCUGGCAGAGUGGAGGGGUCAGAAGGUGGCUUUGUCCAAACUAUCUUCUCUGGAUUACGUGGAGGAUUUUCUCCACGGGCUGUCCAUGUUACAGACCCUGCAGGGUCCUCAGGUUGUACAAUUGGUGGGGUUUUGCCUUGAAGACCAUGCCUUGGUCACGGAGUACCACCCACUUGGCUCAUUGCUUAAUUUGGAUGGUGUUCUCGCACAAGAGCAUCAACAACGAUACAACACAUGGCAGAACCGACUGAUGCUGGCUAUAGAUUAUGUCUCUAUCCUCCACUACCUCCAUAACAGCCCAGCUGGGCGACGGGUCAUGUGUGAUUCCAACAGCCUGGAGAAAAUUCUCUCUCAGUAUCUGCUGACAAGUGACUUUCACCUAGUAGUGAACGAUCUGGACGCAUUGCCUGAGGUGGACCCAUCCAGAGGCUUGUUUGUGAAAUGUGGCCACCGGGAGCUCACUGGGGACUUUGUGGCCCCAGAGCAGUUGUGGCCUUUAAGAAAUAAAGGGAAGCCUUUUUCAGAUGAUCUCAUGACUGAGUAUGAUGAGAGAACAGACAUCUGGAAAAUUCCAGACGUGACACAGUUCCUGAUGGGAAGGGUACCUGGAGGGGAUUUAGUCCACUUCCAUCUUUUUCAGAUUCACAAGGAGUGUAAGAAGGAAGACCCCAAGUUCCGCCCUUCGGCUCUGGAUGUUUUGAAAGUGUACAAGGUAGUUUAUAACAGCAUGGUGCGAGACAAUGCUGGGUUUAGAGAAAUGCUCUAGAAUAAUAACUCAUUUAAAAAGACCAUGAAAUUACAUUAAAAACUGCAGUUAUACAGGUCUGUAGAGUACUAUAGUGUGUAUAGUAGUAUGCAUUAAGUGAUUAUUCAUGCUGUCCAGGUACCUUGCUAAUUUAAACCCACACAGUUUGACCAGACGUAACUUCCCCAACUCAUGUCUGGCUGACUUCAGACACACUGAAAGGCUUACCUUUCUAGAACUGUAUUCAGUAUCACUGUUGUUGCCUUUGGGGAUGCAUUCAGUGAGAAAAUGAUUUUUCCAUUAUUUAGGUAAAUGGGUGAUCUUAUUGUCAAAAGCACACAAAAUGAUGUUUUAAGAGCAGAAACAAUGAAAAGCACACAUAUAUAAGGGUUUUGUGUGCCUUUCUUUUAUUGUUAUUAUUUUAUUAUUUUACUUGUGUAUUUUGGGCUGUUUUCAAUGUGGAAAUGCUAAUUUAACCAAUAUUGACAUAGAAGGUUGAUCUUAUUGUAAAAACGAGACAAAAUGCUGUUGUAAGAACAUAAACGGGGGGAAAAAAGACAUGAACAUUCCUGGGUUUUUUGUCUUUCUUUUUGGAAUUACUAUUGUUGUUUAUUUUGAGCUGCAUUCAGUGAGAAAAUGCUAUUUUUGUCAUCAUCAUGAGGUAUAUAGACAAAAUUAAGGUCAGAAUUUUGCAAAAGGCUUGGUUUUAUGUCUUUUUUUUCAGAAAUACUGUCAGUAUUUUGGGCUGCAUUCAUUGACAAUCUUUGAAAACCACACAAAAGGCUGCUUUAAGAACAGAAACAGUAAAAACAGCUAU